AUGUCGACAUCUACGUUUGUUACUGAAACACAACAGGGGUCCGUUCGCCUGGCUGCUGAGAACCAGCACAAGAUCUCCGACCCGGCCACCGAUGCCACGUUCCAAGCCGUUGCUCGUGGGGAUCGAAAUGGUACACUGAAGCUGGGUGGAAUUCCCACUUUCUCAGACCCGCUCGAGAAGCGUCAAUGGAUGAAGGAACAUAUGGCUGUUGCCUUCCGAUACUUUGGCAAGAAGGGAUACAAUGAAGGAAUCUCGGGUCACAUUUCGAUGCGCGACCCCAUCCUGAAAGAUCACUUCUGGAUGAACCCCUUCGCCAAGCACUUUUCCUCGAUUAAAGCUUCAGAUCUGGUUCUUGUAGACCACGAAGGGUAUGUCACUGAAGGAGGAGCUCAAAUUCCUAUCAACGAGGCUGGAUUCAUGAUCCAUUCGGAAAUUCACAAAGCUCGCCCUGAUGUUAUCGCCGCUGCCCAUACUCAUGGUAUCUAUGGCAAGACGUGGAGCGCAUUUGGCAAGCCGAUUGAAAUGCUCACUCAAGAUGCUUGCAACUUCUAUGGACGUGUUGGUAUCUACGAGGACCACGGAGGCGUUGCCUUAUCCCAGGAAGAGGGAAGACAGAUUGCCAAGGCAUUGGGCAAGGACAACAUUGCUUGCAUUCUUCAGAAUCAUGGUCUCUUGACUGUGGGUACCACAGUGGAUGAAGCUGCGAUUCUGUAUUCCAUGCUGGAAAACUGCUGCCACUCCCAGCUCAUGGCUGAAGCUGCUGCGGCUAACGGUGUCCCCAAAAUAAUCAUUAGCCCUGAGGUGGCUCAAUACACCGCGAAUGCCGCCCAGAACCCACACAACUUCUAUACCGAGUUUCAACCUGAGUAUGAGUUGUUGGUGGAAGAGACCAACGGGAGAGUUUUGCAGUAA